CUCUAAAAUGUGUCCGGGUAACAACCUUACCACAGACUGUACAUAUUUAUUUUGCCUAAAUGGUUAAAGUAGAUAGAACAUUCUACAUUGGUACCAAAUAAAUGCUAUUGUAUAAAAUAUUCAUCACGCAAAUACAUUUUAUAAGUAAACAAAGCGUGAUUAUUAUUUUUAGACGUUAAUGGUUCCGCUGUUAUUUUCGUCGGACGACUUUUGGUGACGGACCAAACGUUCAACCUGCAAAACUCAAAAUCGCACAUUUCUUUUUGCUAUUUACUGCUAAUAUUUAGCCAAGAGAUGUCGGAACAACCAGUGAGAGUGUUGGCAUGUGGAGAUGUUGAAGGCAGGCUGAGCGCUUUGUUCAAUCGAGUCCAGACGAUCCAGAAGAAGACGGGACAGUUUGAUCUGCUGUUGUGUGUUGGAGAGUUUUUUGGAACGACGCCGGAGGCCGAGGCCGAGUGGCAGCAGUACAAGAGUGGAGCCAAGAAAGCUCCGAUCCACACCUACGUCCUGGGCUCAGCCAGUCAGGAGACGCUGAAGAGUUUCCCCGGCGCCGACGGCUGCGAGCUGGCCGACAACAUCACGUAUCUGGGUCGGCGCGGCGUGUUCACCGGCGUGUCGGGGCUCCAGAUCGCCUACGUCAGCGGGCGGGAGGCGCUGCAGGAACCGGCCCCGGGUCACUGCUUCACCUCCAAAGACCUGUCGGCCCUGGUGGCUCCGCUGACCAGCAGCUCCAAGUUCAGAGGAGUCGACAUCCUGCUGACGUCCCAGUGGCCCCGAGGAGUCUGGCACUACGGGAACAACCCGGAAGUGAACACAAAGUUCUGCGGCAGCGGCGCCGUCGCCAACCUCGCCGACAAACUGAAGCCACGAUACCACUUCGCUGCACUAGAGGGCGCUCACUAUGAACGACUCCCGUACAGGAAUCAUGCUGUUCUGCAGCAAAACGCUCAACACGUCAGCCGAUUCAUCGCCCUGGCAACCGUCGGCAACCCCGCCAAGAAGAAGUAUUUAUACGCCUUCAACAUCGUCCCCAUGAAGACGAUGGACCCCACAGAGCUGGUGAAGCAGCCGCAGGACGUCACAGAGAACCCGUACAGGUUCUCCUCCAAAGACAAGACGGAGAAACUGAAGAAGAGCUUCGGGGCUGCAGAGGAAGAGGAGGAGCCGGCCAGUCAGUUCUUCUUUGACCUGAGUAAGCAGCAGGGUGGAGGUUUCCGGGGCCGCGGCAGGAAGAGACCUUCAGACGGAGACGGACGAGGACGAGAUCAGCAGCACGACGGAGGAGAGAGACAACAUCAACACAAACAGCCCCGCAGGCACCCUCAGCCCACUGGUCCCUGCUGGUUCUGUCUGGCCAGUCCUCAGGUGGAGAAACACCUCGUCAUCAGCAUAGGAUCACAUUGUUACCUGGCUCUGGCUAAAGGCAGCCUGACCCCCCAACACAUGCUGAUCCUCCCCAUUGGACACUACCAGUCAGUGGUGGAGCUGAGCUCCGAGGUGGUGGAGGAGAUGGAGAAGUACAAGAAGGCGCUGACGAGUUUCUACAAGAGCAAAGGAGCGCGCUGCGUUCUGUUUGAGAGGAACUACAGGAGCCAACACCUGCAGCUGCAGGUGGUCCCGGUGCCAUUGGACCGCUGCACCACAGAGGACAUUAAAGAGGCGUUCAUGGUCCAGGCUCAGGAGCAACAGAUGGAGCUGAUGGAGAUCCCUCAACACACCGACCUCAAACAGAUUGCUCCUCCAGGGACGCCGUACUUCUACGUGGAGUUGGACACGGGGGAGAAACUCUACUACCGCAUCCAGAAACACUUUCCUCUGCAGUUUGGAAGGGAGGUUCUGGCCAGCGAGGCGUUGCUGAACAUCCCGACUCGUGCUGACUGGAGGGAGUGUAAACAGAGCAGAGAGGAGGAGGAGGAGAGCUGCAAACAGCUGAGAGACGACUUCCAGCCGUACGACUUCGCCUGGGAAGACUAACACACACACACACACACACACUUUCUACAAUAUCUCAUCCUUUAAGCUGUUAAAGGAAUAGUUAUUUACUUUCUGGUGGUGUCGAUCUUUGCAUCUAACUCUGAAAACUGAAUCGAACUGUUCCUUUAAAUCAGCUUUUGGUGUUUUUAAAAGAUUUUUUUUCCCUUUUUUAAUAAUAUUUCACCAUUUUUGCUGGUGAAAGUGACGAGAUCCUGUGUUUGUGGUUCGUGAAGACUUUUGUCUUUUAAGUUUUUCUGAUACGUAAAAGUACAAAAAAGAUCCACUCUUUCAACUCUUUCACAAUAAAAGCUCAAAUCCAUACAGACUGAGGCUCUAAAAAAUGUUUAUAAACACAACACUGUCGCUCAGAGAUCUUUUCUAUCAUUUCUAUGGAGACUCUUUUGUUUUAAACUCUGGGGGAAAUUGUUUUUUAAUGUUUUUCUUGUAUUUUGUAAAUGAACUACAUUAAACUCUUAUUUUGGG